UCAAGCAGCUCAAGUUAGAGUCAAAAUGGUUUUUCAGUUAUACAGAUAUCUAAAAAGUUUUGUCGUAAUUUUCCUUGUUGUAAAAACUGAACGUUUGUUUAUAGGUGCAGAAUUGAGAUGUGAACCACCUCAGCCAGUAACAAAUGCAGUACCUAAGAUAGAUUCUCAGGAUUCUUAUGUUGUGGGCACUGUUGUGACUUAUAAAUGUGAAAAAGGAUAUCGUGAUCCUGUUUUGUAUGAACUGAAGAAGGCAGAUAACUCUGCAAUGUCUCAAUGCAAAGUUAAUAAUUCAGGACAUGCAUAUUGGACGAAGCCUUCACUACAGUGCAAACCUCAGUGCUACUCAUGGGAUUUGAAGGAUGUUAACGGUCUUAAAGUUUUCUUGGAAGGAAAUUACAUGGAAGGAGAAAAUUUACUAUUUUAUUGUACUAGUGGCUAUGAUAAGGUUGAAAAUGCUGUUAUUACAUGCAAUUCUGGAAUAUGGAAUAGCACAGUAAUGCCCUGCCAACCAGCAAGAUGUAACUAUAGUCCUCCAUCUGUUGUUAAUGGCUUUACCACUGUGUCAAAUGGUUCUCAUGGAAUGUCCGUCUCCUAUAAUUGUAACCAGUUUUAUUUUCUUAAAACACCUGGUUCAAUCCGUUGUUCUUAUGGCCAUUGGAUUGGUUCUCCAGCUGUAUGCAAAGACAGUAGAUGCAACUCUUCCAACCUUGUUCAUUGGGCAGGUUUCAGAGUAAAGGGAAUGAAGAAUGUGUAUUACAACCUUGAGAGAGCAAGUGUUAACUGUAAACAUAGUUACAAGAAGAUGGCUAACAUUAUAUGUAACAGAGGAAUAUGGACAUCAUUGUCAAGUAAACAUUAUCCAUGUAAACAUGGUUACUGCCGUAAACCUAAAACUGAUGGCGGAAUAGUUUAUGAAGGGAAAUUUUGCCUUACUUCCUUCUACUGUUAUGAGAGGGCUAGGAGUAAAUACUACAAAGAGGGUGAAAAAUUGUAUAUAACAUGCAGCCAAGAUGGAGUUAAAGCUCAGAUGAGAUGUGAAAAAGGAAAGUGGACACCUAAUCUAAAAUGUAAAGAUUAUGAAAUAACAGAAAGCAAGAAACCUAGCUUAAACAGAAGUACGGCUACUUCAGAAAGAAAACUUAUUAUUAGGAAGAUGUUUGAAACAUAUUGUGAGAUAGGAGUCUAUGAUAAAGAUUUGAGAAUACACAGAGCUAUUGAUGGCAUUCGUUUGAAAAGUGGAGACAGGAUUGAAGCUGGUACCAAAAUUGUCUUUCACUGUUCAUAUGUUGGGAUUAUGCGAUUAACUGGAGUCAAAGAAAUGUACUGCUAUUCUGGAGAGUGGAAUGAAGAAUUUCCUUUUUGUUUUGUUCCUACAGGUGCAGAGGAAGUUAUGGUUUUGGUAAAGUCUUCAAACCCCAAAAAUCUUUAUGAAAGUCCAAGAGGAAUAUAUUUGGUCCGUGUAUCAGCAAAAUUGCAUCUGUUUUGCAAAACUGUAGCAGGCUUACGAGAUGUCUUCUGGGUAACAGAUGCUCGAGGGAACAUAAAACAAGACACUGUAUACGCUGAAAGAGGAAAACCAAUUGCCCACAUUGAGUUUCAUGCUACACAUGCUCAUUCAGGACUUUAUACAUGUUUGUAUCAUACAGGAGAUUCAGUGGUGGUACAACUACUUGUUACAGAUUUUCUUCCAAAUACAUCACAAGUACCAAAAAGACAUGAAAAGGCAACAUCAAAAACUGAGAGUACAAAAAGAAUACCAAAAGUACGUGACACUACAACUUCACAUAAAUUGGACAGUACAACAAGACCAGCACAGGAGCUUGACACUACAACUUCACAUAAAUUGGACAGUACAACAAGACCAGCACAGGAGCUUGACACUACAACUUCACAUAAAUUGGACAGUACAACAAGACCAGCACAGGAGCUUGACACUACAACUUCACAUAAAUUGGACAGUACAAUGAGACCAGCACAGGAGCUUGACACUACAACUUCACAUAAAUUGGACAGUACAAUGAGACCAGCACAGGAGCUUGACACUACAACUUCACAUAAAUUUGACAGUACAACGAGACCAGCACAGGAGCUUGACACUACAACUUUACAUAAAUUUGAUAGUACAACAAGACCAGCACAGGAGCUUGACACUACAGCUUCACUGAAACUUGAGAGUACAACAAGACCACCACAGGAGCUUGACACUACAACUUCACAUAAAUUUGACAGUACAACGAGACCACCACAGGAGCAUGACACUACAACUUCACUGAAACUUGAGAGUAGAGCAAGACCACCACAGGAGCAUGACACUACAGCUUCACUGAAACUUAAGAGUACAACAAGACCACCACAGGAGCAUGACACUACAGCUUUACUGAAACUUGAGAGUACAAUAAGACCACUACAGGAGCAGGACACUACAGCUUCACUGGAAUUUAAGAGUACAAGAAGACCAUCUCAUGAACAUAACACCACAAACUCACUGACAUCUGAGAGUAGAACAGGAAUUCCAAAGAAACAUGACUCUGCAUUUCCACUAAAACUUGAAAGUACAGCAGGAGUACAGAAAGAACAUGAAAGUACAACUCCACUGAUGUUCAACACCUCAAAGCUGCCAAAAUAUCAGUUAGAUCCAGUUGUUCAAAAAAACAAAACACACUGUGUUGUGGAUUUUAACAAUAAAGAUUUAAGGAUAUUUCAUAAGCGUAAGCCAAUAAAAAGUGGAGACAUAGUUCCAGAUGGAGGCAGAAUUGUGUUUCACUGUUAUCCUGUUGGAAGAAGUCGUUUGUUUGGCUUCAAGGAAACACUCUGCCAUAGAGGAAGAUGGCUUGAUAAAGGGUUCCCUACAUGCCAGAGGAACCAUGUUUUAGGUGAUGUUGUGAUAGAAUUCAGUAGAAAAGGAGUUAUUCAGCCAGGUGGAGUUGUAUUCUUUCCUUCCAAUGAAAACUUGGUUGUAUACUGCAAGACGAUUGGUUGGAUAGGAAAACCACAGUGGAAGGCUGUUACUUUUUAUGCUAGUAUUGACUACUGUAGCACAUGGUGGGAACCUCAGUGUAGAUAUGUUCACUUACAAACCACAUCUGUACUUUCAGGCAGCUAUACAUGUUACGUUCCUCAUGGAAGAACCCUCACUAUACAGCUGUCAUUUCAAGAGAUACGCUGUCCAGAGAUCCGACCUAAAGAAGGACUGAUAGUCACGUAUGAAGAGUGGCGAAAACUCAACAAUGUUGUUCGCUUUAGCUGUAGAGGAUCUUUGCAGCUCAUUGGAGCUAAAAAAGCCCAAUGCUUACGAUCAGGAAAGUGGUCAAAGCGAAUUCCUUACUGUCGGGGCCAAAGUUAACUAUUUUAUAAUUUUGUUAAUAGUCUAUUCGUAAUGAUUCUUGCAUGGUUUUCAGUUUGUCCAUAAAAAAAAACAAAUUACAAUUGCAAAAUUACUAGGCUUCUGUAUGAUAUGAAAAUAUAUGAUAUUUCUGCUACUUGUAUUAAUUUUUGAUAAACUAAUGUUUAAAUCCUGUUCUAAUACUUGAAAACGUUAUAAUGUUUACUACACUGAUACAUAUAUAUGUUGUACAUGUGUAAUAUCUAACAGUAAUACAACAAUAAGUUUUAUUAUAAAAACAUGUUCUUUUUCCACAUUCCUUUUAAUUUGUCCAUUAUGGCUCGAAAUUAGAGGUUUGUAAAAUA